CGUAGAUUGAGGGCGCGGCUCAAACUCGUGUCGCCGAUACGCAGGCCGAUACGAUAGUUCCGUUCAAUCCACGCAAAUUCUGACGGGCGAAUUCUCACCAUGGUCUCAAAAUAUCAUUUGAACUUUCGACUCCUUGCGGUUUUUUUAAUAUUCCGGAUCAACACAAAUACGCUGAUGACAUGAAAUUGACCGAAUAGUCUGUAUAAGGUCCCUGAAUUCGAACAGUGGUCUGCUACCACAACAAAAACUGGCUAAUUUUUUAUUGGUACUCAUCCUCAGAGCAGUGGAUUUCCUGGAGCCUUAUAUCUUCUUGAAACUGUUAUAACGUUGGUACAAGGUACGACCACUAACUGUGUCAGGACAAGGAAAGUGUCCAAUGUUGAAAUGCUUUAGUUACAUCUAAUCCGCCAUCAAACGAAAAUUUGUAAAUGGAGGCUAUUACUCAGAAAUUAAUCGUGAAUAAUUUCUUCUGAUUAAGAACAAAAUGUUCACUAUCUUAAUCGAUACUUCGUCAGAUUAUUACAGCAGCUAGAGUACGUAACUUGCAUUUCACUUUUUUCAUGUGGAAAUUAAUCCUUAUUUUCUUAUUAAUUCCUAUUCAAAUGUUUUAAAGAUGCUACAUUUAUUACGUUUUCCAGGUAAAAAAAGGUAAAAAAAUUGUUGUUUUUGCCCUCUCAACAUAAAAGAAGAAAAUUCUCUACUAAGGUGCUCGAAAAGAAUAAAAGAAAAAAUGUUUUCUUUACUGACUGAUGACCCAGCACUACGGGCUUUCAAAAAAGUCUAUUUCCAGGUUAGAAUUUCCGUUGAUAAAAUAAACUGAUCUGUUUACUUCUGACAGUCAGAAAGCUUCUAAAAGAAAGCGUCUAAUAUCGACAUACCAUUAGACAAAAUACCUACCAUAAAACAAGCAAAAUUAAGUAAAGAAAAACCGAGGAAUGUAACUAAAGAGCAAUUGUUACAAAAUGAGCAAUUGUUACGUAAUCAAAGUCGAACCGAGGGGAUCCAAACCUGAAACGCUUAGAUUUAGAUUUCUCAUUCACUAUUCAAUUCACUGACAUUCAUUGUCAAGUGAAAUAAUUGCACAGCGCAAGAAGAAGGGAAAUUUAUAGAGUAACAAAACACAAAAUAAAACCAAUUAUAAAUGUGAGAAUAGUGAUGAAUCGCAAUAAUUGGAAAGAAAAAUCUGAAAAAGAUUGGUCUAAUUCACUUUAAAAUUUGCUAUCCAGUCGAUCAAGCGUCGCUAAAACGGAUUAUAUAUGGUAGACAGACAAAAAAUACAGAGAGAUUUUACUCACGCAAAAAACUACUUCAUUACUUUUGUGUUCGAUAAAAUUGUGUCUUUAUUCAAAUGAAAAAAUGGGAACGUUACAUUUUUUACGAAGUGAAUUACUUGAAAGAUUUCUAAUCGUAAUAUGAAUCAGUACUGUACGAGUUUAAAUAUGAAUGAGCUUAUAGAAAAACCUGUAGAUUCAUGAAAAUAAACUUGGUAGAAUGAGGACUUGCGCCAUGUUCAGAGAAAAAAUGGCAAAUUAAAGGGAGUUAGCAAUAUGCUUUCAGAAAAAUGUUUAAGUAAGAAAAAAUACAUUUUUGAGAAGUUGGCAACUUCUGUAAUUAUGCACAAACACUACACGUUGAGUAGUUGCAGUUUUUUGUAUAUUCACAACUUUCAACAGAUGACAACUUAAUGAUUUAAAUUUUACCAUUUCUAAACAUUUUAAUAGUGAAUGAGGAAGAUAAUUGGUGUGUGUGAGAUUUGAUGCUGGCUUAGCGUAAAACGAGUUUAACAAAUUUUAUACAGAUUUUUGCUCUUAUCUAUUGUUGUUCUGAUAUGCUUGUUUGAAGAGAACAAAGGUGAUUUGAAGAAGAAAAUUUCUGUACCAUUUGAUUAUUGAUUACGUAAGAACGUUUAAAUCAGUGAAUGAACUUCUACAGUUUGAACAUGAUUGACUGAAAAGUUUUCCAACUGACUUUCGCCAAUUAAGUUAUUUUACUCUCGUGCAUGUUAUUUCAGUAUCAUAGAGAGAGGAACUUUGAAAAAUUUCCAGUGAGCUAUUACCAUUUGGAAAAGAAAUAUUAGUGUGUUUUUAAAAUCUGGUAUUUCAGUAAAGAGAAGUAUUAGGGCGAGUAUAGGCGUGUGCUUUUAGCACGAGAUUAACCUCACGGUGAAUACAUAGUUAUUUCCAUGUGUUAUCAGACGCGCAGGAAACACGUGUAUCACCGUAAUAUGGAGCCACGCCAGCAUAGUUAGUAUUCUUAUAUUCUUUCAAACGUUUGAGUAGCGCCCAGCUUAACCAGAGACCACUAAAUAAAAAUGAACAAAACUUUUUCACUUGUCAAUAUUACAUUAGCAGAAAAGCAAAUGUCAACGUUUCUGUAUUUUGAUAUAAGGAAAAAAGAAUCUGGAUAGGGUUUGAACGAUGGCUUGAAUUGGCCAAAAUGUUAACGAUUGGCUCAUAAGAAAUGCAUGGUUAACUUGUAGUGGAGAGAUGUGAUCCAGCGAACGCUGAGAGGUGUGAAAUGAGCUGCAAUGUUAACAGAAGUCGCCUAAAAUCUAACUCAUGACAAAUCCGAUCUAAUCAUGGAAAAUUUUGCGAAGGUCUUGUGAUACAAGAUGAUGACUACAGUUUGACUACAGUCGGUUGUUACGUGGAAUAGUUCAAUAAGAGAAGUCAAGAGUACAUAAUUAUAUAAAAGUCCCAACAUAAAAGGCUAAUAUGUUCUCAGUCUUGGUGAAGUCUAAUGGGAGCUUAAGCAAUGACGGCGACGGCAAAGAGAAGGGCAAAACCAAGCAAUAGAGUAAAUUGACAAAACAGCAACUUUGCACCUGCGUCACGUUUUUUUGCACAUUUUUUUGCCGAAACUUCUUAAUUUCACGUUUUAUGGAGGACGUGAACACAUAAAGCAACGAUUUUCCUUUUCGUUUUGUGAACUUAGAUACAGUCCUUCGGGAUUCAACUCCUGAAAGAAUCACAACAUUUGACGCAUUAAAAGAGUUGGAAUCAAGGCGAUGAAGUUUGAAACAGCCAGAAUUCACUUUUUCGGUGACGUUUUUACCACCAUUGCCGUCGCUGUUUUAAGCUCCUUUAAGUUUGGUCUGAUAUCCACGAGAAGAAAGGUUUAACUGAGGCAGCUUUUAAAGACGUUCUUUUAUUUUCUCUCCGAAAACUUGGUCAGAAGACUUAUAACAAAAAAAAGAUUAGCCGGAAGACGUUCAUUGUUCAAAACAUAAAUAGAUUAUUGAUGCCGCCUUUGAGCGCUUUGAACAAUUAGUAGAAAACAGCGCCAUAUAAAUGUUAAUUAUCGUAUCAUUAUAUUUAUUACUUCUCAUUUAAGACUGGGUGCAAUUUUAUCUCAUUUAGGCAACACCACGGCCUAUUUUGCAGCAAUAUUUUUUGAUUUCUCAUAACAGCUUUACAGAAAGAACUGAUCUUUCUUGAGCAUGCCUUGAUCAUCUUUAGCGGGCUCUAGUUCUGGAGCGGUUCAGUAACAACUAAUGACCCUCCUCAGUCGUCCCCUCAGAGCAAGCUAGCUACCUGAUUUUGCAUUUGUAAGUUUGGCGUUUCACAUUAAUUGUUCAGUGCAGGUAAUCAAUACUCGGCCUGUUUAAAACUGCUCUACUUGAAGGUACUUUAUCUUUAUAAAUACAGUUUACAAUUCUUUUAAUUUUCGCUUCUUUAACCAAAAUCUAUUCAUAUGAAACUUUCCUUUCACGAACCAGAGCCUCGCGAGAGGUGAACGCCAAUCAGCGCAUAUUUUUUAUUUUGUUACUUUAUUUUUCUCUGUUGUGAAACUCUCCUUCUUUUUGAAAACGAAUAUCUUGACCCUAUUCUGCGAGCCAACAUGUUUACACUGUUCAAACGUAUUCGAAGCGAAAGGGGUGACCUGUUGCCAAAUCUCAAAAGUGAAAAUUUCGUGGGUUCGCAGGCUCAAGAUCUGAUAAUUUUGGGUGCACGGCUUACAGUAUUUUUGUGAGUUGUUUAACGGAUAUUGCAUGUGUGCGUCACUUGAGUGCAAAGUCAUUGUCUUGAUUUUAGAUUGUUUAUCAACAUGCAGCAAAUCCUAAUUCUUUUCCAAAUGACGCUGUUCGUGUUUAGUUUUCACUGAAAUGAGAUCGCUGUUAAACAGUAAUAGUCUAAAAAGAAAGGCUAACUGUUUAGAUCUGGAGUCACAGUUUGUUUAUUUCAGUAUUUCCCUUUAUUACCGUCUCAGCUCGUGAACACAAAAACAACUCGUGAUAUUGAUACAGAUACUGUGUUUAAUAAUCACGAGUUCAUCAUGAAUGGGUUGGAAUCAUCGCAAUGAAGAGCUUUGAUAUUAGAAGAGGGUCAGUUUUUGCAAGGUGGAUUUUAAAAUUCUUUGGGCGAUAUUAUGUAACAGUUUAUAGCAAACCGACCUGAUUAAAGCUAAUUUGAGGCAAAUAUUUCUUUGAGAAGUUUUCAAGUUGCCAAACAGACCUUUGGCGUAAGUUUAGAUUUCAUAAACUAAUAAUAAUAAUAAUACAUGAGGAAACUGAUGCCUCCAAAAAUUAGCACAAUGCUGAUAAAGCCGCAGGGUAUGUUAUACAAUACGUUGUUCGCGGCACAAGGCUUGUCUGAACGGAGCAUAUAGAGAACAAAGGUUUCCCUGUUCUACUUUGCUCGUCAAAACAUUUUUAAUCAAAUUUGUCAUAGUGUAUUGAAAGAAAAGGCGAAAUCAUUCCGCGUAGUCCACUUCAAAGGUUCAUUAUUCAAGGUCAUGGCGGUGAUAGCAGGAGAGUUUUUAUUGAGGCUGUCUCCAGGGUUUUCCCCUACACUUUAAAAAAUGAAUGUGAAAAAAAAAACUGUUCGAAUCGCCCUGAAAGCGUUUAUCUUGUGGUACAUAUAAGUUGUCAUUAUAAACAAAGAAGUCAUUCAUUUUGCACACAGCACAAUGAACUAUUGUUCCACUUUUUACAUUGUUUUUCCGACUUCAGCACCAUUGUGGUAAUUUUCUCUGGAAGAAGAACAAUGAGCAACCAUGGUAACUAAGUACCAAAAUAUUGCUUUACAUCAGCUGAUUUUAUUUGUUAUGCUGCUACUGUUGUCAAAAAAAUAUUUACAUGAUGCCUAGGCUGGAUAUUCUUUAUAUAAAACAAUCCGUAAUUCUGUAUCUCUCUCUCCUCCGUUUAACAUCGACGUCGCGAAAUGUACAAAGCUUGUAGCUAAUAAUGUCAUGGAAUAUUAAAUCAUCUAAAAAAAAAAGUACAUUAAACUCCGUCUGGAUUUACACGUAUAAUUCCUUUAGUGUUUGGAAUAGAUUCAUUCGAGUACCGCAAAUCGAUUGUUAAAAACCUUCCGGUGAUUACGGAAGUUUAUUUAUCCCCGUCCGCAGUCUCGUUUCAUCAUCGUUCAGUCUUUCGCGAUCUCGACAGUUUUGUCGAAGGUUGUGUCCAUUUCUUGUCAGUCGUAACUGGCUAUUUAAUGUAUCUCCGAUUCGUGCCAAACAUCGUCCUAUUUGUCCGCACAACUCUUUAGUUUCCUGGCUUAAUUCACAUGAAGAGCAGGCCUCUUUUUUCUCAGUGUCAUUAUCAGCUGACUUAUCCUUGUCGCAAUCCAUCUUAGAGCGUUCCCUCUAUAAACAUGAAACAGAUCAAAAUAACCUUUAGAAUGGGUUUAAUUCGAAGUUAUCUCGGUCAAAAAGUCCUACCACUUGGCCAUUUGAAGCCAUUUUAUCAGCGAAACGAACGUGAAUUAACGUCCUGUUCAUUACUCGGGCCAACAACCAGAUGACUAACUUUGUUUAUAUAUAUUUUUAAGCGAAAGAAAUAGACAUCAGCUUCAUUUCCGAUCCGAGCAAUCGAUAUCAAAAUAAAUUUUUGAAAGUAGAUACGUCCGCAGCAAAGCUGGGUGUCGUUGUAACCCAAAAUUUUAACUAGAUAGUCUUAAGUUUCUGGCAGUGAAAAAUUAGGAUGUGCCACUUACCAGGAUAAAAUUUUUUAGCUUCGAAGAGCCCCACUUUGUCAACAACUUGUUGCUUAAAGUUUCGCCGCACAGGGCUGCCGACAAAGAAAAUGGUCGAAAUAACUAGCACUCCCUGAUUCUUGCUCGAAAAAACUGUCAGCCUUCCACUAAGGAAGGAUUGAGUUCAUUGCGAAGCCGAGAAUAGCUGUUCACUCUCUUCGGGAUGGUUUCUUUUGUCGCUUAAAUAACAAGAUGCAUAAAAAAAGUUCCCGCGAAAAAAAAUAUUUAACUGCGUAUAAAUAUAUUCACCGAUUUUGAUGCCCUGCCAAAUCGAAGACACUAGUGUAGACGUUAGCAAUAUUUUUCCUGUUAUGAUUGGUUCAAAUGAUAAUGGCUAUUGUCUAGAAAACAAUGAUUUGCGCGUGUUAUGAUUUUCAUUGUCUUUUUGUCCAAUCCAAAGCGCCAUUUUGACAAGUAUUUUGAUGCCCACGUGCACAAUCUUUGGACCUGAAAUUUCAAAACAAGAAAGCACACCAUUUCCACGCUGAUUUUUCAUCUGCAUUAAUUAUUAAUGUGGUAACGAAAUCUUCACUAGAAUUUGCAUAAAUUUCGUCAACACAUUGAGCUUGACAUUUCUACCAAAUUUCCUGAUUUUUAUCUUCUUAUGUUGCCGGCUAAUGUUACUCUAUUUUUUUUUCACUUUUUAAAGACCAUUAGCCAUGCAAUGCCAGAAGAGCGAUUUGCUCUGAAAUACUCAGAUCGCAGUUGUAAUGUUUACUUUUUUUAAAAAUGUCUCGUCCCUCGUAUUUUCGAGAAGUUUGCAAAUCUCAGGACAUAAAUUUAAAGAUAUCUCAAUUUAUUUCUUUGGAUAUAUGUUUUUCUGGCUAGAAAGAAAUGACAAGGCAGCUAAUUUCCCCCUAAUUGUUAUUCUGUUUUCCGACACAUGUUAUAUCCGCGAGUGACCUCACUUUCUGUUGAAAAAUAAUCUCGAGAUGACUAGGCUGGAUUUUGGGAGGUCAUUAGUAUAGACCAAUCAAAAUUAAGAAGGUUUCAUUUUGACCAAUCAGAUCACGGCGCGGCAUGCCAAAGGAAUCUCUUUGCUACUUUUUUCUUCGCCACUCCAAGGCUCGUUUGACGGUGACAAUUUUUUUUAGUGCUUCUGCGCCAAGGCUUGCUUCUACUUUCUCUCUCUAAUGCUUUUUGCUCUUCAACCUGCUGUUUCGAGUACCAUGCGAAGUGUUUUCAACAUUGGUUAACUUCUGUGAGUAAUAUAGUUUUCGUUUUUUAACGGGUAAACGGAGGCACUCGAGCGUGUUUCACUACUUGCUUAGUGAUCGUGUGUGUUUUUGCGUCAGCGGGAAAAUAUACGCGACCACCAACGAUACUUGGUUUUCUAAUUGACUUUUUCUUUCUUAGGGUAACUACAUUUAUCUUUCAUCGACUUUUUCUUUCUCUGAGACGGAGAAAAGUCUUCCGAGCCAUACAAGAAUUAGUGCGAACACUUUCACUUUCAACGCGAGGAACCCAAUAUGGCCGGAGCGACAGCUGCUGUGAACAACGAAGAUCUUUCUCCUACUCUUAAUACCUCCCAAAUGUCAAGAUAUGACAAAGAAAUCAUCGAGGACUCAUUUGCACUCGGCCUGGACUAUAUUUCCUACCGACUAAGAAACAAAUUUGAGCAAAGCAAACUUGGUGGUUUACCUCGACAGUUUCUUAUUCCUCAGACACCGACGAGCACAUCGUCAAGUACUCUACGAAAACUGGCCACUAUUAUGGAGGCAGAACACCCCGACUUAUUCGAAUCAUUGUGUACUACGUUAGGAAUAACACCAGUUUCAGCUCAUCCUACGUUUGUUGGAGUCGCGCAAGAGAUUUUUCAAGCCGGAACCAAUUGGGGAAGAAUAGUGUCGUUGUUCACGUUCGGAGGCGUAGUGGCUCAUCACUUCGUAGAGACGCAACGACCAGAAAUGGUCCAACACAUCCUCGAAUGGAUUGUGUCAUUUAUCGCUGACAAUUUACUAACGUGGAUCAGGGAAAACGGUGGCUGGGUGAGUUUAAUCCUUGAGUUUUUUUACAAAAUUGUACUGGUUUGGUAUUUUUGAUAUUAUUUUAAAUGUUUUUUGGUUAUUUUUCUCUUUAUCUUGCCUACCAGCUGUACGUGUCGUAGUAAUUUGCUGAAUGCAAAUUUCAGUCUGUAUUUACAUUGGUUUGUGAGUCACAUUCAUUUAUCUCGUCGAUAUUUCGUUUGUUUUCCUGUCUCGAAAGUAGGGUACUCUUUCAUUUUGAUGCAAAUUCAAGAAAUAUUAUUUAAUCGUGAGGCAUUUUUGGUGGGUGUUAGAAGUGUAAACAUGUAAAAUGAAAAUUUCGUUCUAUCAGCAGGAUACUUUUUAUACCUUGCUGUUUUUUUCUCUUUGUAAAUAAUUUUCUGUGGUUGCUUUAACUAGGAAGCUAAAACUGCUUCAUGUCCUGAAUGAAAAUGCACAAGCGCAUUGUUGUUUAUGUGGCUAUAAACGUGAAAAACCAUGGAUUUUUUUUUAUUUCCGGUUGUCAAGUGUGGAUUUUUCGGGUAGAUUGCCUGUAGGAUUGAUUAUCAUUCAUAAAUAUUUGAUCAGGCUUCAGAAUUCAGGUUUUAGUUACGUAACGAUAUACAAUCUUGUAGUAUCGGCUCUUAAAUGGCACUUCGAAAUUAUAGAGGGCUAAAUAAUUUGUUUAUGUUUUUUGCCUCUCUUCAUUUGAUUUUCCUUGAAAAUGAUUAGGCUUAUAAAUAUGUAAACAAUAUGAAAAUGUUCAACAUUCCUUAAGUACACUAAGUCGGGGCAAGGUAAUUUUACAAAUUGUGUUUCUUGAAUCUCUGUUAUGAUUUGUUGAGUUUAACUAAUCCUGGAAACUGCCAAAAUUCAGAUAAUCCUUAAGUGUGAAAGACAUGACAGCUUUAACACCCUAAGGUGUCAAGGAGGGUUUUACCCACUUAGUGAUUCAACACAUCAACAUGGUAGUUAGAGUCUAGGCAAUGAUGUUGGCUCCAACCAAAACAUCGCUCGUGAAGUGUUUUUUUUUCAAGCAUUUUCAUUAUCGUUUCAGCAUCCUGGGAUGGUCUGGAUCAGGAUCAGUGAUCCGAGAUCACUCAGAUCAUGGUAGAUCAAAAUUAAUGAACCCUUGUCCAGAGUGGAUUCAUUGGUUCAUUUGAUUUACCAUGAUCUGAGUGAUCUUAGAUCACUGAUCCUGAUCCUGAUCGUCUUAAAGGAAUGCACCCUAAGGCCACUUGUUCAGAAUUUAGAAAAUUAAAAGGCCUGUGACAUUUCGAUUUCAUUGACCUAGUAAGCUGAGCCUGUUCUUGUAUUGUUUUUAGACUACAGUACGCUCAAAAGACAUUUAUGAUGGUUUAAUAGCUGGAUUUUAAAAGGUUUUUUUUUUUUUACUGAAGGAAAGUUUCAAGUAGUUUAUACACUUACUGUACGCGAUAUCGACAUUCCAGUUGUUUAUUUAGGAAAACAGUUCACCAAGUGCGAAAGCAAUGUAUGUUGCAUUUGUCAUAACAGCCCUUAAUUCAUGAAUUUUGACGCUGCCCCAGUAAUACAUCUGCCUCGUUAAUACGGCCAUUUUUUUUACCCACUGGUGACUGUAUUAACAGGCUUCCACAGUAUACAGAAAAUUAUUGGUGGUGAAAUGAAAAAAGCUUUGAGAUACAUGUAGUGGGGGGUUCUUGUUGUCGAAGGUUUGAGUUACCAAGGGUAAAAUUACACUAAAUACUGAAACCCAGGGAAAAUUGAUUUUGGUUUAAGUUAGCACAUGCUGUGAGUUUGUGAGGGCUCAAGUUAACAGAAGUUGACUGUACUUUGAAGUUUGUAACUCAUCUAAUCCAACUACAAUUUUAAUCCUUUAUAGUACAGUAUCACAAGGCCAAUCUAUAUGGCCCAUUUUCAUCCUCUGAAAACUAAUGAAUCAUUUUAUAAACGACUUUAAACAUUAUGUAUGGCUUUUUAAUGUAGUUAACAAGCAUUGCUUUGUUUCGUUUUUGACAGGAUGGGUUUGUUGCCCACUUUUCGGAAUCUUCGCAAUCACAGACAAUGUGGAAAAGCUUAUUCACAGUGGGAAGUAUUUGUGCUGCUGGCUUAACUCUGCUGGCCUUAAACAAGUGA